AUGGAGGAGGUGGAAGAGAUCAGGAGAGAGAGGAGAUGGCUGAUAACAUGGGGUGGAGUUGUGAAGGAGCUCAAGGAGGUGAGCUACAUAGCUGCACCAAUGGUGGCUGUUACGGUGUUGCAGUAUCUGCUACAAGUUGUGUCUGUAAUAAUCGUAGGACACCUUGGUCAGCUCGCCCUCUCUGGUGUUGCCCUAGCCACCUCCAUCACCAAUGUUACUGGAUUUAGCCUACUUGUAAGUCUCCUGAUUCUCUUCUUACAUUGUUCUACUCUCUCCUCAAAACGUUCUCUUUGUACAUUGUCCAACAAGUGCUCUUCCGUGUGCGCAUCUGGUUGA